AUGAACGCUAGUCGAGCUAAACAUAGUUCUUUAAUUUUUAUAAAAAGUGUAUGCAAGCUUCCUAAUUUUAAUUCGAAUAAAUACAGAUCAAUAUGGAAUAAAAGACAUUUCAGCUCAUUGAACAGUUCAUAUCAAGUAGAAAAGGAUAUAAUAAAUUAUUAUUUAUCGAAUGACAAUUUCGCUAGAAAUCGAAAAAAACAUGAACAAAAAAUAAAAAAAUUAAUGGAUAAUUAUAUAAAUGGCGGUACAAAUAAAAGAGAAAUCGAUAAUAUAUUACUCGUCGAAAAUGAAGAAAAUUUAUUAAAUUUUGAUAAUCCUAGUAGUAUAGAAGAAUAUGUAAAUAAAAAAUGUGAAAGUGAAAAUAUAGACAAUGAUUUUAAAUAUAUAAAAAAAAUUAACGAAAAAACAGAGGUAAUGAAAAUUUUAACAAUUUGUGGAAUUGAUAUAAAACCUGAAGUGGUAUAUUAUUACACAUUAUAUUUAAUAUCAAUUUUAAAAAAAUAUAUAGAUAAAUAUAAAGAUUAUAUUAUAAAAUAUGAAGAUAUUAUGGAUAUAAAAGAUUAUUAUAAAAUUAGUAAUUAUUAUUAUAACAAAGAAAAGGUAAUAAAUACAAGUUUAUUUUUUUUAAUUUAUAAAUCGUUGUCAAAUACUGUGUAUAGUAUAUGUGAAAACCCUAUGGAAAAAGAUAAUAAUUUUAAUAUAUGUAUAAAAAAUGAAAUACUAAAUAAUUAUAAUAAUAUAAAUGAUAUUAUUCUAAAAUCACCAUCUUUUUUGAAUAUAAGUAUUUUACUUUAUUUUAUAAACACAUGGAUGUUUAUAGAUCAAAGUAGAAAUAUGAAAAAUAUUUGUUUAGACAAUUUUAAUAAAUAUAUAAAUUCCAUAUCAAAUGAUGAAAUAAAUAUUUCAUCUGAUGACAUGUUUUACCUCACAUUAGCUACUCGUUUAUAUUUCCAAACAUUUACAUAUACUGAUAUAUUAAAUAUAUUGAAUAAUGAUAGUAAACAUUUUUUAUCAGUUAUAGUUUUGGUUCCAAAUAGUUCGGAACUACAAACAAAUAAUCAAACAGAUAAAUAUAAAUAUUUAUCCGACUAUUUAAAUACUCAAGAUAAAUUUGUUGAGCCUACCAAAAAAAUACAUAUUUUCCCCUUUACUUUUUCAUUGGGCUCAUUAAAGGAUAAAGCGAUAUAUAUUUUGGAGAGUCAUGAGGAUUAUUACAUGAGGAACAUUAACGCACUUCGGUCUUAUGUCUGUUGGAGGCAUUUUCUCGCCAUGAGAGAUGGUUUUAAACUACUAGAAUUAUGCAACAAAAACGAAUAUGAUGAUUUGUUUGUAGAAGAGAAGAGAGACAGUAUUUUAUCAACGUAUGCUAAUAAAAAUUGCAUAUAUAAUUUUGCUGAAAAAAGCAAAAUAAACAUGGAAAAAAUUAUAGUUGGCUAG